AUGGCUGAUUUCAGCUUCCGUGGCCAAAGCCUAGAUAAUGACCUUGUUGGAUCUAUAUCCUCUCUCCUGAAUGAUGCUGGCAUCCCAAAUUUACUUUGGGGGAACUACCUUCUAACCAUUUACGGAGUUCCCACUAUUGUUGACGGCGUCUCCUUCAUUGUACCUGAUGCACUUAUCGAACCCGGUCUCUCUACUCUAUUACAUUCCGGUUUCCUCCCAUGUACACCAAGCUUUGAAUGUCCACACUCAAACGACGCCAAAGGCUUCUCGACUAAUGCACAUCUACAUAUCAAUGAGGAGCUUGUGAUAUCGCUUUAUGGGAAGUCUGAUAUGCUUUGGGAACUCCCGGACUUCGAUAUCGCUACCCAAAAUACUGAUAUCAUGUCUGCGUCUGACCCUCAACUCCCGCCCACAAUCCUCGGGCGCGGUCAAGGACGCUUCCCCUCGCAUCUUUCUGCCGUUAGAAUCCCGAGCGCCGUGCGAUAUUGUGAAGCUAUCCUUUUUCUACUCUGUCGGGACUACGGGCAUCUCCGUGAGUAUUAUUGGAUGGCAAUGUUGACUUAUCUUAUGGAAUAUGUUGACGGGACGGAUAUUCUUCGUGAAGAAAGUCUGAGGGAGGAAUAUACACCGUUCUACGGGGCCAUAAUACAGGGGGAUCCGGACAUGUGGCUACACCUGGAUACGCUUCGCGAUGGUUUGAUAAGAAGGCAGGCUAUCAGGUGA